AUGGCUGCACAACGUGUUGAAAUUGCUACAUUAAGAACAAUGACAGCACAAGAACGCGCUGAUACUAGCGUUGAAGCUGCUGAUCGAGCAAGGGAUGAUGGCGACACUGCCCGUAUUUAUGCUGCACAGUUUGAUCCUUGUUUUAAACAGCCCGGCGUAGAAUUAUUACGUGCUAGAGCAGCAAUGCAAAGGUCGGGAACUCCUGGACAAUCUGCCGCCAUUCCAAUGCUUACACCGGUUUCUGUUCCUGUUCAACUGUGCACAAUUACAUUCUACUCUGAAACUCCUGAAUCCACUAUUGUUGUUAAAGGUCAAAGAGAUCAAGCAGAGAAAGACUUGAAAAAACUUCGUGAGAGUGAAGAUGUCCAAGCUGAAAUUGACUUAAUUUCUGGAGAGGCUUCAAAAGCUUAUACUGGAGCUCCUUCCUCUAAGAAAGACAUUUAUGGUACCAAACUUCCAUGGCCCUUGGUACUUGUUUUGUUUAUGAUGAUUUCUCAGCAAUUGAGUGGAAUUAACGUUGGGCCAAAUUAUGCAACAAUUGCAAUGGUUGCUAUAAAUGUUUUAAUGACUGCUGUGUCUGUUUAUUUGGUUGAACAUCUCCGCUUUGGACGUGGAACUCUUAACAUUAACUGA